AUGACGUCGCCAUGCAAGCGCCCCGGUCUGCUGCUCGCAUCGUGCUUCAUCUCCAAACCGCACCCCGGGUAUUUUUGUCGACUGACCGCCUUCGAGGACUACGACGCCUUCUACUGCGCCGUCGUCGAGGCCGCGCACCCGGCGCUCAAGCAGCUGCCGCUGGCCGUGCAACGCAAAGAAGCAAAUCAUAGUCACGGCUUGCAUAAGCUGCAACUCGUCAAAGAAGCAAGGCGCCUCUGCCCCGACCUGGUCAUCGUGCUUGGAGAGGAUCUGACCCGCUUCCGCAACGCCUCCAAGGACCUCUACCGCUUCCUGCGUCAGUUCUCGUGGAAUGGCCGGGUCGAAAGACUAGGUUUCGACGAAAUAUGGCUCGACGUGACGGACCAAGUCGACUAUAACGUCAAUCUGCUAAAUCAACACGACCUGACCAACGCCUACUUUUGCUUAUCCAAGGACGACCCGACCCACGGGUUUGCCUUUGACGCUACCCGCUUUGCCGGCAAUACGUAUCCCGCCUCGGGCGAGCUGAGUAAUGACGACUCGUUGCGGUUGCGCCUGCUGCUUGGCUCCCACCUGGCGCGCCACCUCCGAGCCGAACUGGAACACCAAAAAGGUUAUACCGCCACCGUCGGCAUUUCCACCAACAAGCUGCUGGCCAAGCUCGUCGGCAACGUGAAGAAGCCGCACGACCAGACGACGCUGCUGCCGCCGAGCGCCACCGAGUUCGUCGAUGGCCAUGACAUCGGGAAGAUCCCCGGCAUUGGCUUCAAGCUUGCGCAGAAGCUUCGCGGCUUCGUGCUGCAGCGUCCCGCCGCUUUCUCCGACGGGCUCGUCUACGGCGGCACAGAAGAACGAGUGACUGCUGGUGACGUAAGGAAGCACGUGGGCGUCAGCGCCGAGAGGCUCGAAAGAAUCUUAGGAGGCCCAGGAUCGCCUCAUGGGAUCGGCGCCAAAGUUUGGGGGCUGCUUCAUGGCGUCGACGACUCAGAUGUCGGCCAGGCACGCGACGUGCCAAGGCAAAUUAGCAUCGAGGACAGCUACAUCCGGCUGGACACCCUGGACGAGGUCGUCAGAGAGCUGAAGAUGCUGGCCGUCAGCCUUAUGAAGAGGAUGCAUCUCGACCUGCUCGAGAGCGACGACGGAGAGAUCUGCAAUUCUAGUCUUCUUCCCUCGGCUGCAGAAGCCCUUACAGUCAGAUCUCAGCCAGCCAAGCAGCGCUGGAUCGCACAUCCCCGCACCCUGCGCCUGUCUACGCGUCCGCGCCCACCCGUCGACCCCGCCACAAACUCCCGGCCGCGCACUUUUGCGCGCGUAUCCAGGUCCACUCCGCUUCCUAAUUUUGUUUUCAGUCUCACCACUCCCGCCGACGCGCUUGCCGAGCGUCUCGUCGACGAGGCGCUGGUGCCGCUUUUCCGCAGACUGCAUCCGGAAAAGAGCGGGUGGGAUCUAAGCCUUGUGAACGUCGCAGUGACCAAUAUGGCAGAGUGUGCAGGCGACACAAAGACCAGCAGCGGGCGAGACAUUGGCGCAAUGUUCAAGAAUCAGGACAGGGUACUGGCCCAGUGGAGGGUGGCAGAGGAGGGUGUCGCACCAGACCCCAGCGACGAUCAUGUCACCAUCGGAGAGACCGAAGGUGGAGACGGCUUUGCUUCCGAGGCUCGCCAUGAUGAGGCUGAUGAAUCUCGCACAAAUUUUCCUUCAUCGCGAUUUCUCUCACACGAGUCGGAUUCCGCCGUAGACGCCCGUCGCACCGGCUCCGAAGACCUUCUAGCCUCCUCCCAAGACAGCCGCGCCACGCUCGACGAAGACGAGGCUGUUUGCUCUGACGAGGCUGAGGUCUGCGACUUCUGCGGCGCGCUCAUGCCGGCAUUUGCUAUGGCGGCUCAUGCGAGGUUCCAUGCACUAGGAGAAUAG